GUUUUCGAGGAGUGUGAACUCGGGCCUGUAUAAAAGGAUGACGGAACGGCCAUGUGAUGAGCCAGUCAAAUGUGAGCCUGCAAUUGGAGAGAGUGUAUAAUGAGCAGAGAAAAGCAGCUACCCUUGCUUCAACAGCUACAGGAUUCAUUAUGUCCAUCUGCUUCUUCGGCCUUCCCCUCAUGUGGUCCGGAUUCUUCAAAGUAAUGCAAGUACCAGCUGCCAUCGUUUGCUCUAAUGAUCCAUGGAGCGGAAUCACUGAUCUUUAAGCUCUUUCCUUCAUGACUAAGUGUGUUACGGUGUGAUUAUUAUUCUGGUUAAUCAUUUUCAUUCAGUUUUUAUAAAACAGCGGGUGUUUU